CCCCAUUUACACUUGGGCUAACCCGCUUCAGGUACAAUGCUGCAUCGCAUCCUGUGCCCUUCAUGAAAGUCAGCAGUGUGAACGUGACAGGGGCGGCCAGGAGAGCGGACAAAGAGAUGCCUGACCUGGAGGAGGCGAUUGAGGAAGAGGACGAGAACGAUGUGGCCGAGAUUGUGGACGUCGACGAGGACGAGGAGCUCGACCUCAAGAAGGACAAGUACAUCAGGCAGCCCAAGCCGAAGGCGGCGAGGAAGACAGCCAAGAAGACGGCAAAGGCCGGUGAUGAUGACAGGAAGGAGGAGAAGGAGGAGGAGGAGGAGAAUGACAAGGCGCCGAAGGCAAGGAGCAAAGGCGCUACCAAGGGAAAAGGGCGGCCGAAGAAGAAGGCUUAGCUGACAAGGCAUAACUCGCGACUUUCCAGCCCAGUCAUGUUUGGGAUCUCAAUUAGGCGGGCAAAAACCUGCACACAGCCACCCGUCAUCCCAUACGGGGAAGGCAUACUAUGUCGGCAACUGGCGGUGGUCCAUCAAUAUGAGGUUCUGC